AUGUCCGCCUCGGCCUCUGGCUCUGAUGCCAGGGCGAAUGGGUCAGCAACUUCACGAGAUCACAACCAAGGCAACCAAGACCGAAAAUAUACUCCUCAACAGAAGGCCGAAGUCAUCCGGAUACGAAAAUGCAGCCCUACCUCUUUCUACGAGAUCCUCUCGGUUGAGAAGACAGCAAGCGACGGAGAAAUCAAAAAAGCCUACAGAAAAAUAAGUCUUUUGACCCAUCCGGAUAAAAAUGGAUAUGAAGGAGCCGACGAGGCUUUCAAAAUGGUAUCGAGAGCCUUUCAGAUAUUAUCCGACGCAGAGAAGAAAUCCAAGUAUGACCAGUUUGGGGGUGAUCCGGACAGUCGCUUCUCCAGCAGUGGUGCUGCGAGUGGCGCAAGUCCUUUUAGCGGGUUCGCGCGUUCCUCAGGCAGAGGACCUAUGUAUGAGGAUGAGAUAUCACCAGAGGAACUCUUCAACAGGUUCUUUGGUGGAGGGAUGAAUGGCGGCUUUGGCUUCGCACCUGGUGGUUUUGGAGGACCGCAGUUUGUUUUCAACAUGGGCGGUGGCCCUGGCUUCACAGUACAUCGCAUGGGAGGUGGCACCCCAAGGCGACGACCAAGAGACGCAAAUGCCGGCCCCCCGCCCAGCGGUCUAUCCGCACUGACACAGCUUCUGCCGUUGUUAUUACUGUUCAUAUUACCUCUGCUCUCUUCAUUCUUCUCUGGGUCCAGUGAUCCUGGACCACAAGUUCGAUUCGACUCACCGGUCCCUCCACAUACAAUGCGCCGGGUGACGCCACAAUACAAGAUCGACUAUUUUGUGAACCCUGCUCAAGUUGAUGGCUACACAUCGAGGCAGUUCAGCAAUUUGGAUCGACAAGCUGAAGUGGACUAUGUUUCGAGCCUUAAAUAUCAGUGCGACAACGAGGUCCAUCGGAAGCGGCAUGAGAUUAACGAGGCCACUGGGUUUUUCUUCACCGACGAAAAUAGACUGAGAAGGGCUCGGGAUAUGCCUAUGCCUGGUUGUCGGCGGUUGGAUGAACUGAAGAUCACGCGGCAAUAUUAG